UCUCAGGACCUUUGUACCGCCUUAGAAUCCAUAAAAUUCAGGUUUUUGUUCGCUUCUUGAGGUCAAGUUUGAAUUGAGAAAACUUUUUUGAAAUCAGUUACUAAGAGGGAAGUUUAAGGAAGACCGUGUCAGGAAAAAUAUCGAGAACUAUUUUACUUAUUUAAGCCGCUAUCCGGAAAUGUUCACCGGGUUUGCAAAUUUGAGACCGGUUGAAGAAGUCGGUGUUGCCGUUCUCUUGCCCGUCCCGACAACAACAUGGGAACGCAUCGCAAUCUUAAAAUUGCAACCGGACAAAGUUGGGAAAGUUUUAGAUGUUCAUAGAUGUCUAGCGAUCGGUUUAGCCACUGCUAUGAUUGCCUUCAACUACGAUUAUACUGCGAGUGUUCGCCUCAUUUUGGAUUUUGAAAGUUUCACAAUGAGUCACAUUUUGCAAGUCAAUAUCAAUGAUUUGUUUAAGGCGAUUUCGAUUCAUGAAAAUGUGCUAAAAAUGCGAAUUUCGGGAAUUGAGAUUUUGAAUGCCCCACAUGUCAUUAGUGUGAUUCUGAAUCUUGCGAAAAUCUGUCUUAAACCGAAGUUAAUUUUACGGUUAUCGGUGCACAACAAUGUUGAAUCGUUGUGUAAAAAUAUCUCGAAGAAGUAUUUACCGGCUGAUUAUGGGGGCGAACAACCGAAUAUUCAAACACUGAUUGCAAUGUGCGAAAGCACCUUCUUGGACAAGAAAGACUUUUUCCAAAAAAUCGAACGCUUGGCUGAACAAAACCAAACAAAAGGGGAGAUUUUCGGAGUUCAAGGAUCAUUCAAAUCGCUCAAUUUGGACUAAGUUAUUUUAUUUAUUUUCCGACGAUUUUUUCGAAUAAAUUUUUAAUCAAUC